UUCUAUAUAUCACAAACACAGUGCUCAAAAAUAGCAAAAACCCUUAAAAGCUUCUCCAUUCCUUGUCCCUUUUGAGCACUAGAGAGUUAAUUGACAAAAAAAAUGAGGAAACCGGAUAAUAAUAUGGGGAAGGACAAAAUGGGAAAUAGCAACACUAUUAUUAAGAGCAAGCUUAGAAAGGGUUUGUGGUCACCUGAGGAAGAUGAGAAGCUAUUAAGGUACAUGCUCACCAGUGGACAAGGUUGUUGGACCGACAUUGCUAGGAAUGCCGGCCUCCAACGGUGCGGCAAGAGUUGCCGCCUCCGUUGGAUUAACUACCUAAGGCCGGACCUUAAGCGCGGCGCUUUUUCGCCGCAAGAGGAAGAUCUCAUUGUUCAUUUGCAUUCCAUUCUUGGCAACAGGUGGUCUCAGAUAGCAGCACGUUUACCUGGGCGUACAGACAAUGAGAUAAAGAAUUUCUGGAACUCCACACUCAAGAAAAGAUUCAAACUUAGCACCAAUAACACCCCUUCACCAAACAACAACAAUAGUAGCAGUGAUGACUCUUCAUCAGAUCCUAAUAAUGCUAAUGGAAUCAUGAUGGUGCACCUCAAUGAACAACAUCAUGAUCUCAUGGCCAUGUCAAUGUGCAUGGACUCAUCAUAUUCUUCAUCUUCAACUUCUUCAUCAAUCUCAUCCAUGCAUCAACAACAAGCAGCACCAAUGGUUUUUUCUGACCCAUUUUCUAUCUUGAUAAAUAAUAAUAAUGAUGUGCCUCAAUGCUUGAUGACCCAAUUUGGUGGCAUGGUAGAGGAGGGGCAUAAUGGGAAUUAUGGAAUUAUGGGGUCUAACAAUAAAACAGGGCUAGAAAGAGAGUUGUCCCUUCCUCCACUAGAAAGUGACAAUAAUGCCCCUAUUAUUGAUGUGAAAAACCAUAACAACCAUUUCAAUCAUCAUCAUCAUAGUAGUUGCUUCAAUAAUGCUAAUCAUGCUCAUCAGAAGGUUUCCAAGGUGGAGGAAUUGUUUGGGUUUGGAAAUAAUAACAAUAAUGAUCAUCAUGGGCAUCAGCAAUUGCAUCAAGGGGAAAACUUGAAAAUUGGAGAAUGGGAUUUGGAGGGUCUCAUGCAAGAUAUGUCCUCUUUCCCUUUUCUUGAUUUCCAAGUUGAAUAAUUUUGAAAUUUCUUUUCUACCCUUUUCCCUCUCUUUCUUUCAUUCUCUCUCUUUCUAUUUUUUUUAUCCCUUCUUUAAUCUGUUUCUAAAAGUAUUAUGAUUGUCAUCGUAUUUUGGACAGAUAUAUUAUCUAUCUGAUCUAACAGAUAAAUAAUAUAUCCAUACAAAAACGAUGAUAAUUAUAUAAAAAAAUCAUUUGUAUUUUCCUCUCAUAUAUACAUAUACACAUAUAGACAUACACAAGCAAAAAAAAAAAAGAAAAAGAAAAACCCCUAGGUUAGGAAACUUUUGCCACCCAUUUUUUCACCUUCAAUUGUUUCUUCCUUCACAUAUACAAUAUACACACAAACCCUUUUGUUUAUUCUUUGUUACCAAUCGUUUCUUUGCCAGCUUUUAAUUUCCAAAUUGCACACCACAGCGAUUAGUGAAUAACUAAUCCAAUUGUGUAUAGAGUUAGUUGUUGUUGUUUGUGCUUCUAUAUAUAUAUGGUUUCCUUGUAAAGCACUUUGUAUCACUUUUGCGGGAAUAGCAAAGAUUGGUGCAAUAUUAAUAAUGGAAGGAUCUUUUCCCAAUCAAGAGAAUAAGAGAGAAUAGCAAUAAUCAUUUAGAAAGUCAAUAGAAGAAUAAAGAUUUAGUUGAAUCUUUAUUAGUACAUUAUGUAUAGUAGAAGGAAUCAUGACUCAUGAGGAGAUCAAGGAAGGUUGUUGUAUGUUAUUGGUUUAGUUCAAGGUAAUAGAUGUAAAAGUUCUUGUAAACAGAUCAAUAAUGAGUAGCAACUUUGAAAUUCGUUCACUUUUUUCCAUUAUAUCACUCUUCAUUACAUUUUGUCUUUUUA